UGUUUGCAAGUCUAUAUUUGACUUUAUUCAGAAUGGUUGUCCUUUAGGUGCAGCACUAGAUUUAACUUCAGGCAUUGCAACUGGCAAGGACUCUGUUGAUUCCAUUUCUUGUGAGUCUUCAUUGUAUUGGGCAAGCUAAGAUGUGAGUUUAGAACUUUUAGAUAUGCUACCAAGGACAAGUGUUGGAGAUGGUUUCCGUGUUAGUUUGUCGAGUACACCUAGCAAUUCAAGCGGAGGAUCUGAUCCAGAUGACAUAGAGUCACUAGGUGAUGUUUACAUAUGGGGAGAGGUUUUGGCAGAUGGUGUUUCACCUGAUGGGAGUGGAAUUCAGGUCCCUUCUAAAACAGAUGUGCUUAUUCCUAGGCCUUUAGAGUCAAAUGUUGUUCUUGAUGUUCAUCACAUUGCAUCUGGUGCACGCCACGUUGCUAUAAUAACCAGGCAAGGAGAGGUUUUUACUUGGGGAGAAGAAUCUGGGGGAAGACUUGGUCAUGGAAUUGAUAAAGAUUUUGGCCACCCCAAUCUAGUUGAGUUUCCGGAAGUUUGUAAUUUCGAUUUUGUUGCAUGUGGAGAGUAUCAUACAUGUGCUGUAUCUAAAUCUGAUGAUCUUUUCACUUGGGGUGAUGGUACACAUAAUGCUGGACUUCUUGGCCAUGGUACUGAGGUUAGCCACUGGAUACCAAAGAGGAUGAAUGGCCCUUUGGAAGGACUUCAAGUUGUAUCUGUUGCAUGUGGCACAUGGCAUUCAGCAUUGGCAACCUCUAAUGGAAAGCUGUUUACCUUUGGUGAUGGAACAUUUGGUGUCUUGGGUCAUGGAGAUCAAGAGAGUGUGUGGUAUCCAAAGGAGGUACAAUUAUUAAGUGGACUAAAGACUAUUAAGGUUGCAUGUGGAGUAUGGCACACUGCAGCUAUUGUAGAGGUUAUGUUUCAGUCUGGUUCAAGUGUUUCCCCAUGGAAGCUCUUCACAUGGGGUGAUGGGGACAAAUAUCGUUUGGGUCAUGGAAACAAGGAAACAUACCUUCAACCAACCAGGGUCUCUCCACUUACUGAAUAUAAUUUCCACCAGAUAGCAUGUGGGCACACCAUGACUGUUGCUCUCACUACAUCUGGUCAUGUCUUUACAAUGGGAGGCACUGAACAUGGUCAAUUAGGAAAUCCUACUUCUGCUGGAAAAGUACCUACUCUAGUCCAAGAUAAGUUGCUAGGUGAGUUUGUUGAUGAGAUAUCAUGUGGAGCACAUCAUGUUGCUGUCUUGACAUCUAGAAGUGAACUUUAUACAUGGGGAAGAGGUGCAAAUGGAAGAUUGGGGCAUGGAGACACAGAAAAUAGGGAUUCUCCUAAGUUGGUGGUAGCCUUAAAAGAUAGGCAUGUAAAAAAUAUAUCAUGUGGCUCAAAUUUUACAUCUUGUAUAUCCAUCCAUAAAUGGGUCACUGGAACUGACCAAUCUGUUUGCACUGGAUGUAGACAAGCAUUUGGUUUAACAAGAAAGAGGCACAAUUGUUAUAAUUGUGGUUUAGUUUAUUGCCACUCUUGUAGUUCUAGAAAGGUAUUGAAAGCAGCAUUGGCACCAAGACCAGAAAAACCUCAUCGUGUAUGUGAUACUUGUUAUGCUAAGAUUAAAGUUGUUGAGGCUUCUAGUGCUUCCAAGUUAAAUAGAAAAGCUACUCCUUCUCAUUAUUCAACAAAUGGUAGUGAAAGAUUAGGCAAGGGAGUAGUAAGGUCUGUGAGAACUCUCUUUUCUCCACACACUGAACCAGUGAAGUACCUUGAGAUAAGGAAUAGUAAGCCUGGAAGCAAAUGUGAUUCUACUUCCUUUGUCCGAGCUUCUCAAGUUCCAUCUCCUUCACAGUUGAAAGAUAUUGCAUUUCCAAGUGCACUGAGUUCUAUUCAAAGUGUUUUGAAGCUUGCUAUACCUCCAAUUCCAUCACCAAUUGAACCUGCUAAUUCAAGACCCUCAUCCCCACAUACAAGAAGACCAAGCCCUCCUCGUUCUUCCAGUCCUAGAUUUUCUGGAAGUCUUAUCGAAAGUUUGAGAAAGAAAAGUGACCUUUUGAACCAAGAACUCUCAAAAUUGCAGAACCAAAUUCAAAGUUUGGAGCAGAGAAGUGACAUGCAAGAUUGGGAAAUUCAGAAGCUUCAGAGAAAGGCUACGGAAGCUACUGCCAUGGCUGCAGUGGAAUCUUCUAAUUUUAGAGUAGCAAAAGAAUUUAUUGAAUCUACUACAGAUAAGUUGAAGGAAAUGACUGAGAAGCUACCACCAGAAAUUCCACAAAGUAAAAUUUUGAGCACCAUACAUACUAGAGCUGAAGAUUUUUUAAAAGAAAUUUCAGAAGCUGAAACAUCUUCCUCACCAUCAAAGGAAGAGUCUGCGCAACAUAAGGCAUCUGAUAUACCUGCCUCAGAAAGUGGCACUUCUGAUUUGCAAGAACACAGACUAGAAGAAAAUGUUGAUGCUGCAGUAGAUGACCCUUGUCAAGAUGGAGGAAAUUUUCUUGAAGAAAGUAAUGGAUCAAAAUUGGAGUCUGAGCCUCGAAAUGUACCUGAUAUACCUGCCUCAGAUAGUGGCACUUCGGAAUUGCAAGAACACAAACUGCUAGAAGAAAAUGUUGAUGCAGCAGGAGUUGACCCUUUUCAAGAUGGAGGUAAUUUCCUUGAAGAAAGUAAUGGAUCAAAGUUGGAGUAUGAACAACAAAAUGCACCUGAUAUACCUGACUUGGAUAGUGGCACUUCUGAAUUGCAAGAACAAAGAUUACAAGAAAAUGUUGAUGCUGUAGGAGUUGACCCUAAUCAAGAUGGAGGAAAUUCUAUUGAAGAAAGUAAUGGAUUAAAGUUGGAGUCUGAGCAACAAAAUGCACCUGAUAUACCUGCCUCAGAUAGUGGCACUUCUGAACUGCAUGAACACAGACUAGAAGAAAAUGCUGACCCUGCAAGAGUUGAUCAACCUCAGACUGGAGGACAUGUCCUUCAAAAAAGUGAUGGAUCAGCUGUGUCUAGUACUGGAACAGCAAUGCCGCCACAAAACGUGGAAAAUGGUUCAAGAUCACUGGAUUCUUCAAGACUUGGUAGACAAGGAGAAACACAAGUCAUUGAACAAUUUGAACCUGGUGUUUAUGUGAUACUCAUGCUGCGGCCUGAUGGUAUCAAAGUUUUUAGAAGAGUUAAAUUCGGCAAGCGAAGGUUCACUGAAACUCAAGCACAAGAAUGGUGGAACCAAAACAAAGGUAGGGUUCUUAGGAAAUACAGUCUAUCACAUCAAAAGCUAACAACUGGAUCAUCUAACAUCACACCACAUGCCAAAGAAAAAAUUGAGACAUCGCCUUCAUAAACUUAAAUUUUGUCUUCAUAUAUAGGCAAC